GUCCAUCCAUCUGCUAGAUCUUUCGAAAAGGUCGGCAAAAAUGACAAAAAAUUGAACUUUGCGGAAUCCCAAGAUUCGGCGCCGAAUUCUCAAUUCUGCAAAAUUUCAGCCCAUCACUAUGUACUAGUGCGCGAUUUUUAACCAUUUUCAACGCUUAGCCGGCUUAGCAACUCGCCCUGCGGACCAACAACAGCCCAAGACUGCCCAGCUGUGCCUCUAAAGAUGCCGAGCACAACUUGUAGCGCUGUGGGCUGCUCAAACAACCCGCUGCGUAACCCGGAGGUGCUUUUUCAUAAGUUUCCAACGGACCGGAAAUUGCAGAAGGCGUGGGUCAACGCUGUUCGACGAGUGGACUUUGGAAAGCCUUGGGCGCCGACCCCCAGGUCGAAGCUCUGCUCCGAUCAUUUUUCCCCGGACAGUUACGAACGAGACCUACGGGUGUUGGCUGCUUGUGGCUUGUCAGCGAAGGGCACGAGGCUGAAAAAAGAUGCCGUGCCGUCGCUCUUUGCCCACCGUCCGCCCGCUGUUCCAGCACGAGCGGCCUACAUCAAGCGGCGGCGAAUCGAGACGUUGAGGCAAGCCCUCGAAUCUGGAUCGAGCGCUGCGGCUUGUGCUUUGCCGGAAAACGUCUCGGCUCAAGUUUCAGGAACACAGACAACAAAAGUCGUUGGUAGCAGCAAGGCAGUGCAAACUUCAGCAAAGCACGGCUACAGCUCCAAAGGUGUACAAGUCUCUGGGGGGAACGCCAAAAGCAAGUGCACGCAGUCAAGCAUCGACACAAUCAGCAGAGCGUCGCAAACCUCCCGGACAACGCAAGAACAUCCUGAGGACAUACGAAGGUUUUCGACAUGGGGACGUAAAGACGUUUUCAGGGUGUCUUUACGGGGUUCACAAGCUAUCCUCGGAAGGUCCAUUUGUCCGGUACCAUCACGUGGUGAGGAUGUCCUGGAAACAGCCACACAGAUGACAUAAGCACGCCCUGAGGACAACCUAAGAACGUCCCUAUGUGAAUGUAGAGACCUCCCCAGGACGUCUUUACAGGUCCUCAAGUGAUGCUCAGAAGGUCCAUUUGUCCAGCCCCACCACGUCCUAAGGGUGUCCUGGAAACAUCCACACAGACAACAUAAGGAAAUUCUGAGGACGUCUUAAAGGGCACCCCAGAGAUUUCUGAGAUGGCCUACUUAUAGCCGUAACUCGAUCUACAUGCUCUAAGCGCCCCAAAAAUCCAAUGCAUACAGUCAUCUACAGCCUGUUUUCCUAUUAAAAAUCUGAUCAAGGAUUGUGAAUCUGACCUACAGAUGGUGCCACCGAACCCAGCCGAAUCUGGUCGAAUGACGUACGGCAUUCACGAUUGGCUCCCGAGCGCCGUUCGUCGUUCGACCAGAUUUGAUCGGGUUUGGUGGUGCCAUCUGUAGCUCUGAGAUCCACUAUCCUUGAUCACAUUUCUAGUAGGGAAAUAGGCCGCACAUGUCUGUAACUGUUGGACUUUUGGGAUGCUUAGAGCACGUAGGUCGAGUUACUUCUAUAGUAGGCCAUCUCAGAAAUCUCUGCAGCGCCCCUUUAAGAGUGUCUAGUAGAAACGUCCGUAACGCUUUUUGUAGUCCUCAAGUGGGCCUCAAAGGAGCAAUUUGUCCGGCCCCAGCGUGUUUCCAGGAUGUACAUCCCAAGUGUGCCUGCCAUGCCCAGUGUCGCCUUCUGAUGUACUGCAGCCAAUGCUACAAGCCUAUCCAGCACGUAAAGCAUGUCGCAUGACUAGUUGGCGCAGCGACAUGCCAAGUCAUAUGACACUGUCAUGGCUGGUACAGUGCUAAUGGGAGAAUUGCACACAAAACACCCAGGUUCGUGAUGGCAUAUCUAAAAAUGGAUUAAAGAAAUUUUGUAGUGCA